GAUGUUUUAUUGUUGUUGAUGUUGUUGUUAGUUACGAAUUUUUUCAAGUAUUCAAAGAUCAUCAGUGAUUGAAUUAGUUUUCUAAGAAACAAAAAAUCAGUAGAUAAAUAUCGCUAUUCAGUUCAAUAUUGAUGAAAAAAAAGACGGCUUUUCAAUAUAGAAUAUAUUGAUAACCAUGUGGAUGGAAACAAAAAUUUGCUCAACAAAAAUGAUUCGUCUAGCAAUGAAUUUCCUAGUUCCAGUGGAUAGAAUUUUUAUCCAUUAUUCUGAUCUAUUAUCAUCAUCAUCAUCAUCAUCCACCGAGAUUCAAUUAAUUUGAUUUAUAAAAUCAAUCAUUAAUUGACAAUAUGGAUGAAACAACAUUGAAUAAAAAAUCAUCUGAUUUUAGUUAUCAUCAAUUGGAAAGUGAAGAUAGUUUUGAUGGUGAUACUACAACCAAUCAACAAUGUCCAUUUAAAUUCAAAGUUACAUCCGAUUCACCACCUGGUCAAUCAUUUUCAUCAACAUCAGGUAAUGAACAAAAUGUAACUGAACGUAGUGGAUCCGGUACUGGAUCUCGAUCCGGUUCACGCGCAGGCUCCACCGGACAAGUAUGGGAUCAGUAUUGUGGAAACAAUCAACAUCGUCCUUCAUUACCAUUUCAUUCAUCGUCGACAUCGAUCAUAUUCGAUUAUUAUCGUCGUUCAUCGAUCGGUGUUGAACAUUUACAUUCAUCGACAGGUUCGACUGGUUCUGGUUUCUGGAAUUCAAACGCAUGGCUUUCCCCGGUAUCGCCUGCAUUUCAACAUGGGGGUAGUGGUUCUAGCAGUGCUGGACCUGUUUCCGGUGCAAUAAUGGGUAGACGACGAUCAUCACAUCCUAGAAUCUGUACAUUUAAUUGUGCCAAUUGUCGUAAAUUAAUGCUAAGCUCAGUAUCUGAACGAAAUCUUAAUCAGAUCGAUACUGUAGCCAAUACAAAUUCGGGUGAUCAAUCAGGUAGCGGAUCUGGUCCUGUAACGGUGAAUAAUAGUAGUAAUCUAAUAACAAAACCAGCACCAUAUGAGCAAACACAGAGCUUAAAUAAUAGUGACCAACAAUUAUCAACGAUAUCAUCAUCGGGUUCAACGCUGGUGGCUCCAGCAUUCGAAAAUAAAUUAUUGUCUACAUCAGAUAAAAUUGAACAUAAUAGCCAUUCAUCGAAAUCAAUCGAUGAAACUUUAACUGAUAAAAUCAUCAAUCAAAAUGACAUAUCUACAACGGCAACUUUGUUGACAACAACUACUACCGAUGUUAAACAGGCAUCAAUAUCAUCAUCAUCAUCAUCAUCAUUUGUACAGAAAAAUUUGGAAAAAUUCAGUACAUUAUCAUCGACAACGACGACGACCAAUUCUAAUGAUGGUAUACAACCAUUAACAUCAUCAUCAUCAUCAUCAACAUUAUCGCAAUUGCAACAUACCGAUUCAUCAUCAGCGGGUGAUCCAACAGCAACAACAACAACAACAUUGACAACAAUAGCACCAUUUUCAAAUAAUAAUAAUAAUAAUAAUGAUCCAAUUUCAUCAUCAGCAUCGACAUCCGUCCUUGAACAAUUGAUACAAAAAUGUUGGCCACAAGAAUCUGGUGAUCGGCCAAAUUUUACCUCAUUGAAAGAAACUAUUCAUAAAUUACAUGAAAUGGGUGAUAAAAGUCAACUAUUGGACACUGUACUGAAUCGUUUAGAGCAAUAUGCUAAUAAUUUGGAAUUAUUAGUUGAAGAUAGGACUGCUGAUUUUUUAGAGGCCAAAUCAAAAGCUGAAGAUUUGCUUUAUCAAUUACUGCCAAAAUUGGUUGCAAAACAAUUGAUUCUAGGACAAGCGGUUACACCACAAACCUAUGAAAUGGUAACCAUUUAUUUUAGCGAUAUUGUUGGCUUCACAUCCUUAUCGGCUGAAUCGACACCAAUGCAAGUUAUUGAUUUUCUCAAUGAUCUAUAUACUUGUUUUGAUUCGACUAUUGAAAAUUAUAAUGUAUAUAAGGUGGAAACUAUCGGUGAUUCAUAUAUGGUGGUAUCAGGAUUACCUAUGCGUAAUGGUGAUAGACAUGCGGCUGAAAUUGCUCGCAUGUCAUUGGCAUUAUUAGAUGCAGUUAAAUCUUUUACUAUUCGUCAUAAACCGGAUGAACAAUUGAAAUUACGUAUCGGUAUACAUACUGGUCCAUGUGCAGCCGGUGUUGUUGGACAUAAAAUGCCUCGUUAUUGUUUAUUUGGUGAUACAGUAAAUACAGCUUCACGUAUGGAAUCCACAGGAUUACCAUUAAAAAUACAUGUAUCGGAACAAACACAGCAGGUUUUGGCACGUUUCAAAACAUUUAAAUUAGAACUUCGUGGCCGUAUUGAUAUUAAGGGAAAAGGUAAAAUGACUACAUAUUGGUUAUUGGGUGAAGAUAAAUCCACAUUACAAUCAUCAUCAUCAUCAACAAAUGUAUCCGGUUAUCUAUCUGGUAAUAUUAGUGAUCAACAACAACAACAACAACAACAACGGCAAUCAUCAUCAGCAAUGGUCAAUGUAUCAGCAAUGAUUACAUCAUCAUCAUCAUCAUCUACUACUACAUCAACAACAACAACAACAUCGUCAUCAUCAUCGACAUCCGUUUCCGUUGCAGCACAACAUCAACAUCAUCAUCAGCCUAAAGCAAAAUCACAAUCACAAUCAACGGCAACGAUAAGCUAAGAAUGUAAGAUGUUUAUUGAUUGAUGU